UGCCAAUCCGUUCAUCCCUCUUCUCUCUACAGAGACCACACUCUCCUCUCUGCGUGUGUGUCUCUUGUUGUCGUUGUCUUUCGUAAAAUCUGCACUCCUCUUUCCUAUCGCAAUUAAUUAAGCACUGCCUCCUUAAUUUCCAAAAUUGCUUCAAUUUGACCGCUGUUAUGGGGGAUUUUCAAUAGGAAAAAGGACUCACAGAGAGAAUCAAUCAAUAUGAAGUCCGAAGAUUAUUAUUCGACCCCCAGUGAGUUCUCUCUUCCACAUUUUACCACAACGAAUGAGCCGAUUCAAUGUAUUCGAUGUAACUACUUAUAGCAACGUGAUGGACUAUUAUGCAACCAACCCUGGACCAAUUGAUGAUUCCAUUUUAAAAGAUCAAGAUAAGCAUGUUUCAGCUGCAGUUUGGGAGGGACAGGAGAGAGGUGCACUUCGAUGCCAUGAGCAUACUUCAAAGCUUGAUCGUUGGCUACUUACUGAGAGUCAAAUUGAAUUAGUUAAGAGGGCUGGAUUUGGCUAUUUGAGAUUAAUCCCCGCAAUUAGUCUUGAUAAUCCACUCAUAUCUGCUCUAGUGGAGAGAUGGAGGAAAGAAACUAAUACAUUUCAUAUGACUGUCGGGGAAAUGACCAUAACACUCGAAGAUGUUGCUUACUUGCUUGGACUUCGAAUCGAUGGUGAACCUGUAAUAGGUGUAACGUACACAACCUGUGAUUCAGUAUGUAUCAAAUAUCUGGGUAAAGCACCAGAUUCAGGGUACACGAGUGGUGGGAUGGUGAAGCUGAGCUGGCUGAAAGAAACUUUCUCCAUAUGCCCUGAAGAUGCUUCCAUUGAAGACGUCGAGCGCCACACUCGUGCCUACCUUCUAUAUCUUGUUGGUAGCACAAUUUUUUCAACCACGACCGGUAAUAAAGUGCCAGUUAUGUACCUCCCAUUAUUUGAGAAUUUUGAUGAAGCUGGGAAGUAUGCAUGGGGUGCAGCAGCGUUGUCCUUCUUAUACAGGGCACUUGGUAAUGCCUCCCUUAGAUCGCAAAGCACUAUUAGUGGCUGUUUGACGCUGCUACAGUGCUGGAGUUACUAUCACCUCAAUGUUGGUCGGCCUAAACUUCAUCAUGAUCCUAUCCAUGAAUGUUUUCCUUUUGUACUUAGGUGGAAAGGGAAACAGAGCGGUCCAACCUCAAAUCGUGACGUGGUCUUCUACCGUAAAGCUUUGGAUUCUCUAAAAGCUACCGAUGUUGAUUGGUGUCCGUAUGCAAAUAUCAGCCAUACUAUUAUACCUGAGAGCAUCUUAAACCAACUCAUUCUCGGAAGAUCCAAGACAAUGUUGAUUUGCUUCGACAAGGCAGAAAGACACCUUCCAGAUCGUUGCCUAAGGCAGUUUGGCAUACAUCAAAUGAUCCCGGAAGAAGUGCAGCAUUGGGAAAGGAAGACCCGUGGUGUUGAUGGCGGGGUAGAUCUAUCUGGGAAAAUGGAGGCAGAGAUAAAUGAAUGGGAAAAUCGCCGUUUCCAUAUUGUGGAGGCUGAGGAAGUCCUCGAUGAGGGCCAAUACGUGAACUGGUACUCAAGAAUCACGCGGAGGCUGGUAGGAAGGCCUAUACCUAUCUCAUCAGAGUUUCAGAGAAUGAAUUCUGCACUGAGGGACAUUGCACAUGUAGCAGAUACCCUCUCGACGCACGGAAUGGACGACCUACAAAUACAGUCUGUUACGAGAAUCAGGUACAUCGCACAUGAAUGCCUGAGGGAUCAUGCUGGAGCAUCAACCGUGUCCUUGGACAACUCAGAGAGUGAGGCUGUCAAGAAGAUCAGAGGAAAGGAAAGGGUAAGAAGGGGUACAAGUAAACGCAGACGAAAAGAUGAUCCUGAGGAAUUCUAUGCGUCAGGCAUGCAUAUCCAAGUGUAUAACGUGCCCAAUGAGGUUGAUCACGAACAAAAUCUGGGCCUCCCACGGAUUCCUGGUCACGCCUUAUCACCCACUCAGAGAAUCGGUGGGGUGAUGGAAAACAACGGCACUAAUGAAGUUGACCAGCACGAAGUCGAAGAAGUUGAUGAAGACCACCUUUCUCAUGGAUCGGAGGAAAAUCCAUGUGAGUCCCUUACUAAUGUUGGUGUUGGAGAGCAGCCCUCGCUGGGAACUAGUGAGGACGUGACCCACCCGAAUGAUUUCAGUGUCACAGUGUAGUUGGUUGAACGAUGUUAAUGCCCAGUGUUUUGAGGAAAUAUCACGGUGACAUGUGGCCGACAUCUGUUGGGGAGUUUAGUUUCCGACUUGGUCGGAGAUGGCAAGGUUCCUUGAGUCGUCUUGUAAAUUGGAAGUGUUUCAGAUUGUAGAAUAUUGAUAGAUUUUCUAUACUUAAAUCAGAUUGUUGGUUUGGCUUCUAUAACGAGAUUUGAUUGUGCAAUCA